AUGGCGGCGCUGAUGCAGGACAGCGAGGAUGUGACUGAUUCUCGGGCGAUGGGGAAAGUGCCGCAUGCCAAACAAAAGUGCUGCGUGUGGAACAAUGGAGACGGAGAGAAGAGUUGUUUCGGGAUCCGUCUGUGGAGCCGCAACGAGUGUGCGUCCUCUGAAAGAUCAAGUCUGUGGAGCCGCAACGAGUGUGCGUCCUCUGAAAGAUCAGGUCUGUGGAGCCGCAACGAGUGUGCGUCCUCUUAA